AACAGCAAAACAUAGAAAUGGAUAAAAUUCAAAUGAUUGCAAUUCCAAUAGUAGGAAUAAUUGCAGUUGCUGCCGUGACUUUCUAUGCAGUAAGCUUUAAUGAGAUUCGCGAGAAAUCUUUCAAGGAUUAUGAAGAUUCGGAAAAUGAUGGAGCAUUCAAGUCUUCAUUGAGUUCCAGGGAAAGAAGAGCCAGAAAAAAAGCUGACAAACAAAAUAGAAGGAAUUAGUCAUGCCGACAGACAGAAUAGCUCAUUCUGCAAUCUUGCAGUUCCUUAAUUCUUUUCUUUCGUUGGUGUGUUUGAGCGUGCAAUUAUGUGGCUGUCGAGUUCUUAAGCUCUCUGUGUAUUUUACACUUUCAGUUCCUGGAGUUUUUCUUUGUUUUUGUUGUUGCCGUAGGAGAACCAUAUGGCGUAGAAGAAACAUAUGGAUCAGUUAUUGAAGGUUUUCAAUAUUUGGCUGCAGUAUCAGCAAUAUGACAUCCGGUGACAGAUUUAUGCAAGCGUGAAUGAUGUCAUGUUACUGGAAUUAAUGUUCGGUUUUAAUUUUACUGGAAGUGCUGUUCUGAGUAUACGUACAUCAACGGACAAUGUGGCAUUUAUAAUUAAUCUGUUACACUACUUCCAGUUCCGUAGAAAGCUCUAGAUGAAGAAAUUAAGGAUCAUAUGUACUAUAGAACUGUUGAUUUAAAUAUAUACAGCUCCCAAAGCCAAUGUGGUCGAAUUUACAAAUGAAUA